AACGCAUAGUUUGUUUGUACUGUCCAAAUUAACCCCGACCCAUUUGGAGCCCCGAGACUGGGCAUCAUAGGAUUGGUCAUUCAUUGCUAAGCAGAACAAAAUCCUGGCCACUGGCCAGUGUUCGAUUCUCAGCCUCAGCUGUCACAGUGGGAGAAGAUAUAUAAUAAAGUUAAAAAAAAAAAAUUAUAUAUAUUUUUAAAAGUAGGUCUCUCAUUCAAGCUGCAUUGUUAAGUUAAUAGUAAUGAGACGGCAAGGGCAGUAUGCCGAUUCAGGUGUCAAUGCAUAUGCUGGUGGUCAGAUGCAUCAUAUGUCCAGUCAGAGGAUGGAAAACAAGCCUGUUCAUUUCCAAGGGCGACUAGAGGCCUUCACUCCUGAGAGGGAGCAUCCAUAUGGGAACUCGAAAGCGGAGGGACAAUGGAGAUGGGAAAGGGAUGAUUCCAAAAUGUCAAAUUCAAUGGCAUCUCAUAUGUUUAAUGAAGGUCAAGGGGGUGAUCCUCCAAGAUCCUAUUUGCAGGGUCAGAGGCCUGAUCCCAAACUGGCUUUGGAGAAACAAAGCAACAAUGAUCACAGAUCUCAAACACGUGAAGAAAAUAUGGAUAUUGGAUAUGAGGGCAAUCCUUUACUGCAGACUUUUGAAGUUCUUGAGCAGAAAUUCCACAAUGACAUUAUGAAACUAGCCAAGGAACAGAAUGAUGCUGAGGAUUCCGAAAAUGCUAGACAUAAAGAGAAAAUAAACGCAAUAAAUGCUCAGUAUGAGGAACAAUUAGCAGCACUUCGAGCUCGGCAUGCCAGUCGUAGGGAUGAAUUCCUACGGAGAGAAUCGCAGGGGCGUCAGCAUCAGUACCAGCAAGCCAUGAUGGACCAGUACCCUAACAGUGGCAUGGGUUCUGGUGAUCCUCAUGGUUACAGUGGAGUUGCAACCUCAGCUGCUGCAGGAGAAGCACAUAGAGGCUACAAUAGUGAUAAUUUUGAUUCCAAUAGAGAACGGGCUCGAUUUCUUGGGGGUGCCAGGGAUCAUGGAUUUGAGCCAAGAGGUUCAUACCCUGGAGGUCGUGUUUAUGAUACUGGCUCACGCUACUACUAAUUGAGUUGCUUAGAUCAGAAUUGCCUGCUGGUUUCUUGUGUCAGGUGUAUGCCGCACUGUUUAGGAUGCUUGUUCUAACAUGUUACUGGUGUAAUCUGUUGCUGUAGCGACUAUUUCUUUCUUGUUUCUGUUGCUCUUAUUUACGAUAUCAAGUUCUCUUUGUUUCAAUCAAUGGUGUAUGUCAGCAUUGUGAAGCAUAUCAAAAGUCAAUGACUUGUGUGUAGCAUUUUCUUGAAAUUGAAUUGGUUGUUGUAUA